AUGCCAGCCAACGAAGAUAAGGAAAAUAAUAUCGUGUAUACAGGGAACGAAAGUUCCGGCAUCAACUUCCCGCAAACACCAGCUCAUUUGUUGAAAAGAUCACACUCAAAUGUACUGAAGCCACCAGUGAGACUGGACCAACUCAAGAAGGACCUUAACAGCAACAAUGGCAAGGGCCUAAAGUACAUACAGGGAGGUAAAGAAGUAUCGCCCACGAAGAGGUUGCAUACACAUGCGCAGCAGCAAGGAAGGUUGCCUCUCGCAGCAAAGGAUAAUAACAGGUCAAAAAGCUUUGUGUUUGUCUCUGAAACCACAAACCUGAGUAAAGACUCUGAAGCUAUACCGCAACAACAAAAUACGCUUUCUAUACGCAAGAACGACCAGCUCAGACAGCUCUCCCAGAUCUCUCGCAACCGUACUAGGGCAAACUAUAACGAAUUGUUGAACAAUUCAAGAAAGCUGCAGAAGUACGGUUCUGUUCUUGGCUAUAAUGCGCUGCCUAAGAUGAAAAGUUUAGUCUUAAAAGAUCUUGCUGGUCCGGCCAAAAAUCAGGAGAGUUCUGACGAUGACGACGGUAGUGAGGGACCUGAGAGCAAACUUGGCGUGAAGCUUCAGAACGCAUUCUUACAACAGCACUCUUCCGACGACGAGCAUGAAUCUAACGGUGAUAUUGGGUUAUUCAAUAACCAAGGAGGACUACAGCAACUCAUAAAGAACACAACAAAAGGUAAACAAGGAUCCAAAGAGGAGGAUGAUGAUGAUGAUGAUUACGAAAUCGAGAUAGCUCCGCAGAGACAGGAGCCAUUACCAUAUGUUCCGGACGGCUAUCCAUCAUUCCAACGAGAAGAUAUUGAAAAACUAAGGACCUUUAACUCGCCAUAUGAGCUUGAUCUAGAAGACCAUGGUGACAGCGUAGAUAGAGUUGGCCUACUCUCACUAGAGGUAAUCGAUGAAGAAGCCGAACAAGACGGGACGGCGCACACAACUGGGGAUCCGGAAGCAUGUGCAGCACCACCGUUACUGUCUAAGAGGUUAAAGGAAGGCACGGCCAGUCCAACUAUAAAUUUACUAUGUAGCGGUGAGGGACUUGAACCCGAAGAAUUGGAAGACUUACUCACUUAG